AGCAGGCGCAGGGUGCGGCCAUUAACACAGAUAUUCGGCGCUCCCAGAUCCCGUCAAGAUUAGUUUUUGUGUUAAAUACCUUCCAUUUCUUGCGUUUCUCUGUGAUAAUGGGUAACAUUACGCCCAUGUGUUUCUUCUUACUCCUGAUUGCCCUGCUGUCCGGCUCUACAAAGGGUGCAGAGAAACAAGUGCACUCUGCAGAGGGAGAUAAAGUCACACUGGAGCCAACUGUUCCUGAUCAGUUCAAACCCCUCACAAGCAUCCUGUGGAAACACAAUCGCAACAUGGUGGUGGAAUGGAUUAAGAAAUUAAAUUCUACAGAUUACUAUGGAGCGUUUGCUGAUCACACAAAUCUGGAUAUAAAGACUGGACGUUUGGAGAUCAAUACUUUGGCUCGUAAUUACAGUGGAGUUUAUUCUGUGGAGUUUAAUGGCCAACUCCAGAGCGAGUUGUACAAGGUUGAUGUGAUCAAGAAAGUCCCAAAGCCCACAGUGGUACUUAAGCCACUGACUUGUCCUAAUGAAGACAUCUGCACACUAAGCUGUGAUGGAGACACCACAGGGGCUGAACCAGUCACCUACAGUUGGAGGACAGAUCAAAUGGAUGUCUUUGAAAAGUCAGAAAAAUCAAAAAACGUCAGCAAGGAUGACAGUCAUGUUAAACAUUUCUUUUGCCAAAUAAAAAACCCAGUUAGUCAUGAAGACAGUGACCCCAUGGAGAAUCCAUUCCACCCAGGUCCUCCAAUUGGCCUUAUUGUGGGUUUGGUGUUAGCGGCCAUUGCUGUUGUUGGUGCAGCGGGGGUUGUUUAUUGGAAACACGAUGCUAUAAAAGAAAAGAUGUGUAACAGAAAUCGCAGUCCUCGAGACACACGUUCAGCAGCCCAAAAGGAACCACAAGGAAGUCGAUCAGAAAAUGUUGGACUGACUGAAAAGAGUGAAGACAAAGAAGAUGGGAAGGCAGAUGGACUCCAAGUAUGAAGUCAUUGGUUAUAGUCUGCCACCAUUUUCAACAACAGACUAUUUUCACAGCAGCCAUUUUGACAUGAAAUAGCAGGGUACACACAAGUGUCGCUAAUGACAUCAGUGAUGGUUCUGUUCCAUUUAGGUGUAGCAGUCUUUCCAGUGAGCCAGCAUGAACAACAGCAGCACCCUGGCACUGUUAGACCUUCAUGGAAUGGAACCUAAUAAAUGUCAUUAGUAACACCUGUGUGUACCCUGCUAUUUCAUGUCAAAUGGCUGCAGUAAAAAAGGUCUGUCACACAAAUUCUGUUUCCAAUUUACCUUCAUCUGUCUCUUUGAGAGAUUUAGCAGGACUUUCUGAUGAGUCACUGCAGUUGAAAAACCAUCAUAAUGAAGGGAUUGUGUGAACAUUUAUGUUUUUUUGGUAUCUAUUGCUUCUGGACUGUUACACAAGCCUGAGCUGCUGGUAAAGUGAGAUUAUCUGAAGCAACUUGCCCUUAAUUUUUUUAAGGUAUUCCAAAAACAAGCCAAAAGUUUUUUUUAGACUUGAGUCAGUAGGGCAUGUUAAUUUAUUUUCAGUGUGUUAUCAAUCAACCAUCUCAUUUACUACAUAUAGAAAGAAUUCAUUCUCUUACAGAAUACACAUUUGCAGUGUAGUAGUAGAAAAUAGUAAUGAGAAUAGUAGUUUCCUGCCAGAAUGCAUUCUUAUUUUCUUUUUGAGUUGAAGCCAUAUGUAUAGCCUUAAUCACUCAUACCAUUCUUUCUGUAUAAUCCUGAUGUAAUGUAUAAUAUGUGUUAUUUUCCAUGCUUUUGAGGAGUGUAUUGGUUUUUGUGUGUUGGAGUGGCAUGGUCGGUGUUCUGUUGAUGGAAACUAAGGGCAGCAUAGAUUGGAGAGUAUUAGACAUGCUGUGACACCAACUGCCAGAAAUAUGCGAGUAACUUAUGCUGACUGGGAAUAAAGUUGAUAAAGGUUAUUUCUCUGGAUCAUGUAGUCAGCUUACACAACACCAACUGGCAGUAUUACCAUAGUUAGAGAUGCUCUCCAUAGACUCCAUAGGCUGUUGAGUGACACGGCUGAACAUCAUUUCAAAUUCAGCUUGAGGGGGAAACAAAACAGUGGAUUUGGGGGAAUCACAAAUUACACAAAAUGACAAAAACCUGCUGCACUGCCCUCUAAGGGUUGAAACUCUUCCAAUCAGUGAUGUAGUGGUGUCUUUUAAACAGCUGUCAAUGGUAGAGUAUAUCCAGCCACACCAGUGAUUAGGUGUGGCUAGAAAGAAAACAAGAUUUCUGCCAGUGGUGCCUGACUCUUUAUAUCGUCUGUAGCAGGGAGCUGUUGCAUAUCCUCUGUGGGUUGAAAGUGUAACCCCUGCUGCACUUCUGACCACACCUAACAUUACUGGUCACAAUGGUGCUGUGUUCAAUUUGUGAUCACACCCAACAGUGAUGUAGAUCUGUCAUGAGGCAUAAUGGCCUCACUACAGCAAGGUCAACACUUCAACCACUAGAUGUCAGCAAAAUCGAGAUUUUCUGCUUUGGUGUCAUCGCCAUUUAAGUGCUGAUCAACAGGUGGCAGAGUGGAGCAAAGACGACUGUUUGAUUAUUUAAGGCCAUGCAGAGCCCUGAAAUACAUGCCUAUUUGUCAUGUCCAUGUCAUCAUCUUGCUUGGUUCAAGGAAAACAGAAAAUGCCCAGUAUAUCUUUUUUCAUUGGCAAUAUUUUCAUUCAAUUUUCAUUCACAAGUACAUUUUCAUCCACUUUCAAUCCAUUUCAAAAUCAUUGGUUAAGUAUUUUUAAAUGUUUCCUUGAACAAUAAAGAAAUGCCCACAUUGCCCAGUUUCAAAGAUGUGGUCUUUGUCCAGUCCCUAAAGCCGUAAUGUUUUUAGUUUGUAGAUCCAAAACAAAUCUCUUUUGAGAGGAAUGUUAUCUAUUUGUACUAUCUGUGUUUUUAGAAAUGAAAUAUUUGCCUUCUUUUGGUAUGUGGUCCUGGGGUUGAGCUGUUGUACUGAAACUAAAGUUAAGCUAGGGACACACAAUAGGACUUUCCCCAGGAUUUUCCAUCUUGCCAUCAUUUGCAUUGUCUUAAGAGUUUUCUCAAAUAUUUAAGGAAGUCACACGAGAAAUGGUCAAUGUGACACCCCAAAGAUGUAGUUUCUGCACAGUUUUAGUGCUCCUUGGGACUGGUCAGGUGACAGGGCUCUGUUGCAGUGCCGCCAACAAAUUAUCCAGCCAGACUAAUGAAAUGCAAUCAUGAAAUAUAAGGGUGGAGACAUGUCAGCCUGGCCUUUACUGUGCUCGGCCCGGAUGUCCUCUCAUGGCACAGAUUAAACAGUGGAAAUGGGAUGAAAGUUAAGCACUGAGACUAAAACGACCUGGAUCGAGCUGCCUGAGGAGCUUCAGAUUGUCAUCUGUUAGUUUUUACUCUUGCUGACUUAAUUUAUUUUGUGCAUUUUAUGUUUGUCUGGGAUUGGUGCUUAAAGACUGUUUAAAAUGCUACAUGAAUGUUAUUACCUUUUUUUGCAUAAGAAAGAUAAUAACAUUCACAGUUAGAUAGGUUAGAAAAUUCUUAUAUUUUAUGAUUUAUGUAAAUAUUCUAAUCAUGUUUUUGUAAUAUUUUUGUAUCAUAUUACCAUUUGUCCAAUCAAAUUAGGCUCUUUCAGUUUGUAUCAAGUGAGAGGAUGUAAAGCUUGAGAAUACUGCAUAAAGUAAUUGUCCUCAUCCUGUUAAUGCUCCUGUAGUGUGUGUGUGUGUGUGUGUGUUUUUAAACAAUAUCUCUGCUUCCACCAAAUGAAGUAUGAAAAAGUAUGUCUCAAAGAAAUGAGCCCAUCUAGAUCCAUAACAAGCAAUUCUCUAAAUGGUGGAUUCAGUCAGUCAACCCAGUUAAAAAAAAAUCCAUUAGAAAAAUAACUGUAAAAGAA